GUCAGGCAAAAUCAGAGAUUCGAUAAAAUAUUAAUUAUGCGUAAGUUUGAAAAUGAAAUAAUUUUAAUUAUGAUGUCGUAUUUCUUACAAGUUCAUACCUUUGUGAGAAUAAAACCGAAAUCAGAGAUGGCAAAAGGGUACAUGGAUUACGACCCACUGGAAAAUAUCGACAAAGAUGUUGAUUGCUAUUACUUGAUUGAAAAACGAAACUACCCCGUGGAAAAGCACAUAAUCACCUCGGACGAUGGAUACAGAAUAGCCAUUUAUCGAAUUCCAGGCAGCCCAAAAAAUCCUACAGAGAAAAGACUUCCGGUUGUUGUGCAACAUGGUCUGCUCGCUACGUGUGCCGAAUGGAUUUUAUUUGGACCAAAACACGAUCUUGUUUUCAUGCUCGCUGACUUGGGCCACGAAAUUUGGAUCACCAACAGCAGAGGGACCAACUUCGGUCGCUCGCACCUCACCUUAUCGCCCGAUCACGAUCCUGAGUUUUGGGAGUACAGUUACCAUGAAAUGGCUGUGAUAGAUAUGCCCAACAUCGUUGACUACGUUUUGAAUAUAACAAAUGAACAACAAGUCAUGUAUAUAGGUCAUUCCAUGGGUACCGCCAUAAGUUAUAUUUUUUUGUCAACCAGGCCCGAGUACCAACAAAAAGUGAAACUUUCCGUUAGUUUUACACCCGUAGCUUAUUGGUAUGACCCCCAGACAAGUUUAAUAGGCAGUGUAAAAGCUGCUCUACCUGGACUAGUGAAAGUUUUUGAAGGUUCAAAAAUAUACGAGGUGUUUCCGUCGUCGCCAUUAUUGAAAAACCUCGUUUCUAUUUUAUGUAAUAAUCGAGAUUCAACUGUCCAGAAUUUGUGUCAAUUCUUGGUCGACGUAAAUUUCGGCAAGGAUAGUGACCAAGUCCCCGAUUUGUCGGUCCUUGCGAAAAUUGUUAGAUAUAUGCCCGGCGGAACUUCGCGUCAGACGUUAAAACAUUUUGUUCAAAAUAUUGUCGAAGGGGAUUUUAGACCGCUCGAUUUUGGACCUGAAAAAAAUACGAUAAAAUAUGGCACACCAUAUGUUCUUCCCUAUAAUUUGAAGAAUAUUUCUACGCCAUUUGCGUUGUUUUACGGACUCGGUGACAUGUUGCUGGCUCCGCAUAACAUUAUUUAUCUAUCAAAAGUUUUGCCCAACGUCGAGGUGGUUGAAGCUGUACCCCAUGAAAAAUUCAAUCAUUUGGACUUUGUGCUUGCGAGAGACGUGAAGACGUUGCUUUACGAUCGAGUUAUGGAAGUCAUGGCAAGAUAUUACUAAAAUUUGAACGUCAUCAAAUUAUUGAGAAUUCCAAGCUUCCAUAA